GGAUUUGAGUUCAUAUUAAUAAGUUAUCCACGAUGAAACCGUUAAUGCUCCACGGUCAUGAGCGGUCCAUCACGCAAAUCAAGUAUAAUCGUGAUGGUGACCUUCUCUUCAGUGUCGCUAAAGAUUCCACUCCGACCGUGUGGUACUCGCUGAAUGGAGAGAGGCUGGGCACCUACGAUGGACAUUCGGGUGCUCUCUGGUGUAUUGAUGUUACUCUGGACACGCGUCUUGUACUCACCGGCUCUGCUGAUAACACGUGCAGGUUAUGGGACUGUGAGACAGGACGUCAGAUAUCGGUUUUUGAGACAAAGACUGCUGUCAGGUCGUGCGGUUUUGCUUCAUCUAGCGAACUCAUUUUCAUCACAACUGAUAAACAGAUGGGACACGAGUGUGAGAUUAUGAUGUUUGACAUGUCAUCAGGAGGUCUUGUGUCACCAAUUCAGUCGACACCAGUCACCGAUUCUCGAGUGACAGCAGGUUUGUGGGGAUUAGAUGACAGCCUGAUAAUAACCGGCCACGAGAAUGGAGAAGUGAGGCACUACAAUCCAAGGACCGGCGAGAAGCUACGGACUGUGAAGAAACACACUAAGAGUAUAACAAACCUUCAACUCAGUAAAGAUCAAACGAUGCUCAUUGCGGCAUCUAAAGACACAACAGCAAAGUUGUUUGAUGCAGACACACUUCACCAUCUGAAAACGUACAAGACAGAACGUCCAGUGAACUCGGCGACGAUUUCUCCUAUCAAAGAUCAUGUCAUUUUGGGUGGUGGACAAGAGGCAAUGGAUGUGACGACAACGACGUCGAGAGUUGGAAAGUUUGAUGCUCGUUUCUUUCAUCUUGUUUUUGAGGAGGAGAUCGGAAGGGUGAAGGGACAUUUUGGACCCAUCAACAGUUUGGCAUUCCAUCCAGAUGGCAAGAGCUACAGCAGUGGUGGAGAAGAUGGGUAUGUACGUAUUCAUAAUUUCGACACUUCAUACUUUGGGUUUGAGUUUGAGUACUGACGAGUAGCUACUCUAGUGUUUAAUGAGAUAUCAUUCAAAUGUCA